AUGUCUUUUCAAGAUGUCCUUCCUUCUACAACACCAAGAUACGGGUACGAGAGUAUUCAGCAAUGCCUCGAUAUUGUGGAGCAAGAGCUCGACCGAUUUGAGCGUGAGGAAUACACAAGAUCAUGCAACCCCUACAUUAUAAUUUAUAUCGAGGAACGUGACUUCCAAGAGUGUUUUGUCAAUUCCGGAGAGAGGCUCCUGACGCUAUCAUGGGACCUUUACGACUACACAUCUCAAGCCACUCUGUUGAAAAUGGAAUCUCGACCACAUGCAAUCGUUGCUAGUAUCUUUGACCCUAUUAUUCUUGCGUGGGCCCAAAGAGCGGUUGAUACACUUCUAGUGCCUACAAGUACAGCGAGUGUCCGGGGAUCGACAAGAAAUAAACGACCAGACAUUUUCUGGACACCAAGAGAUCCACCAGGAGGGAGAUCUACCAAAUGGCCAACUUUAGUUGGUGAGGUAGCGUACUCUGAACCACGAGGGAAACUCAUCCAGGAUAUGGAAUUCUGGCUUAACGAAUCUCACGGCGAUGUCAAAAUAGCCCUCACAAUCACCAUACAUGCUCGAGGCCGAAUUAGUAUCGAGAAAUGGAAAUUCGAUCGCUUAAAUCGUCCGCGCCCUGUUCAAAAGAUCGAGAUUGUCCGCAAUCCAGCGCCAAACUGUCCAAAGGUCAACGGGCGGCUUAAGAUCCCGUUUCGCGAUGUUUUUCUUUGCGAGAAAAGAGGCACAGAGGCUGAUUUGGUUUUUACCGAGAGCGACAUGGAAAAUAUUGGCAGAUAUGUGUGGGCUUUCCAGUCCGCUGAUUAG